AUGGCGGUCGUCUUACACCAGCUGGAAGAUGAGGUGAAGUCUUACUUGAACCCGACCCGCAGAUUCCCCGUAGAGAACCAUCAAAAUUACUCUCUCACAAUCAAUGCGUGGUCCAACUUACUGCUGCUGUACAAGCUGAACACUCGUCUGUUUUUAAACCAGUACACCCUCCGGUCUCUGGCUUUGGAAACGCCACGUCGUUACGCUAAGCGCCGGUUGGUUGCUCAAGCUAUUGGCACCCCCACCACCACCGAUGUCUCUGACACUGAUGCCAGCGACACCGGCUCCGGUAUGCGUACCAGACGUGGGACGAAGCGGUCGGCAGCGGUGGCCAGCGCUACCCCGACUCCCGAUGAGCUCGAAAUGGUGACGCCGAGAAAAAAGAAAACGAAGCCAGCUCCUCUGUUGGCUUUGCAACAGCAAGCGUUGAUUGAUGAGUCCAUUCCUGACUACUCUCCUGAUGCGUUUGCGACGUUGCCCGCUAACAACACUAAGUGCCUUAAGAUCGAGUGGAAGGGGCAACCGAUGGACUUGUCCUUGGACGCGAACCUCAACAAGUUGCACCCCGCAGAGGCGGUUUUAGCGCUGAUCUUGCGGUUGCCUGUUUUUGUGUACUUGGAUUCAAAGCGCCGUAUGUUUUUCGAAAAGGUACAGCGGAUGAAGCAUGGCAAGCAAUUCCGUCGUACCGACGCGCAAAAGGCUUGCCGGAUCGACGUCAACAAAGCUCUGCGGUUGUUCGCCGCUUUUGAAAAGGUAGGAUGGCUCAAUGAUGAACUUUUCACCAAAUACUUGUGA